AUGGCCGUAGAAGCUACAAUUUUCCGGGCGCUGGGCCGAAAAUCGUUCCGCUGGGCCGAGUCGUCGCAGCGUGAGAGUCGCUCCGGGUCGAGUCGUCGAGCGUCAAGGCGCUUGUUGUUUGGCGUAUUGAGCGUUAGUCAGUUCCAGCUCCCACCCCUGCCUGCCUCCUCACCCAUCCAUCUUCACUCAUCCAACCUCACCCAUUCAUCCUCACCCAUCCAUCCUCACCCAUCCCUCCACACCCAUCCCUCCUCACCCAUCCGUCCCCACCCAUCCCUCCUCACCCAUCCGUCCCCACCCAUCCGUCCCCACCCAUACGUCCCCACCCAUCCGUCCCCACCCAUCCGUCCCCACCCAUCCGUCCCCACCCAUCCGUCCCCACCCAUCCGUCCCCACCCAUUCCGCCGCCAGUUCCGCGCGAUUCUAGUAAUAUCAGUUCUGGCGGCAUUGGGGAAACUGCAGGAGAACCUGCGCAUCUGUCUCCACGCACCCCAUGUGCAUCAGACAGUGGAGGAGGUAGCGAUGGUGUUUGGGAGGAUACAGGGGGACGCAUGGGCGACAGUGGAGGGGCUGGCGUUGGUGUUUGGGAGGAUACAGGAGGACCCAUGGGCGACAGUGGAAGGGUUAGCGACAGUGUUUGGGAGGGUGCAGGAGGACCCAUGGGCGGUGCACAGCAACCUCACUCAGCGGUGCUUCGCCAACUACAUCGUGCGCACCCAGUUUGCCCGCCCCUGGGUGCACGCCAUUGCCUACAUGGCCUUUGUCAACGGCUCCGACAGGUGCGUCUUUCUCUCGGGUAGAGAGGCCACUUCUGAGGCGCCUCAGAAGGCGCACAUGUCCCGUCCGCCCCUGGCCUGGGUGCAUGCAAUCGCCUGCAUCGCCUUCGUCAAUGGCUCCGACAGGGCAACCUUUGAGCGGCGCAUGGGGUGCGAGCUGGUGGACCUUCUAUGGCGCCGCAGCCCGCCCGCGAACUGGUACAUGGACGUGCGCGUGUGGUUCGACAGCCAGUUCCCCUUGGCCCUCACUGUUGGCUACUCGCAGUGCCUGGACGGCCGCCUGAACCCCUCGUAUGGCCCGCAGCUGACCCGCGUGAAGGAGACUGCUGAGAAGAUGCUCACCACGCCCUAUGUGCUCUCCAAUGGCCAUCCAGGCAUGGGCAUGGUGUUCCCGAUCUUCAAGGGUAGCGUGACGGCAGCAUCGCCCUUGCAAGACAGGCAGGCUGCACUCAUAGGUGUCGUGGCGGCAUCCGUGGACUUUAGCCGCCUCGCCGACUUCAUCAUUCUGGAAGUGCUCCGCCAAGGCGCGGACUAUUCUCUGGAGGUGUAUGACGUCACCCCCACGGAUCUUCUCCCCAACUCCUCCACCCCGCUGGGCCCGCGCCUGCUGUACGGGGUGGGGGACUUGCCUCAAGGCAGCUUCAUGCAAGUGGCCAAGCUCAUUCCGCCGUCCAACGAGACCAUGCUGCAGCCGCAGAGACACAAGGGCUCGGACGAAGCCCGCAGCAUGACUGCUGUGUUCCUGGGGGUGAUCAUCGUGGUGGUGGCGGCGCUGCUGGCCGGCAUUGCCGUGAGCGUGACAAUCAACACGCGCAGGCUGCGCGAGAAGACGGCUGCUGUGGAGAGGCUGAAGGAGAGCGCGGAGGUGGCGGAGCGCAACAAGAGUGCCUUCAUUGCCAGCACAGCGCAUGAGCUGCGCACCCCCAUCAAUGGCAUGGAAGGCAUGCUCAAGCAGCUGGACGAAGGAGGGCUGGACGGGGGGCAGAGGGGGGACGUGGGGGCAGCAGUGGAGGAGGCGGAGCGCAUCCUGAGGCUCGUCAACGCCGUGCUGGACGUGUGCAAGGCGGAGGCCGGCCGCCUGCACCUGGAGAGCCUGCCCUUUGCCCUCCGCCCCUGGCUGCGUGACGUGCUGCUCCCACACGAGCAGGCUGCUCAGGAGCGCGGCCUCGAAUUGACAUGGCGUGUGGAUGGGGAUGUGCCCGGUGUGCUGGUGGGGGACUACCUUCGCCUGCAGCAGCAAGUGGUCGACAGAAUAGUCGACAACGCCAUCAAGUUCACGGCCAGCGGAGGCGUGUGUGUGCGGCUGCAGUGCCUUCCCCCCGACACCCACAUCCCCACCCACCUGCUCUCCCUCGGCUGCCUCCUUGCCGAAGAAAAUUCCGGCUGCUCCUCGCCUGCCGCUGCUGCUGCGGCUACCACCGCUGCUGCUACGAAUGCCGAUUCUGCCUUUGCUGCUGUUGCCACCGCCGCUGCUGCCAGUGCGGGAGUGCAUGGGAACGAAGUGGGAGAGCCUCUGCUUAGGAUGUCCUUCUGGGAGCAGGUGGGGCAGCGAGGGCUGGCGAGGGCGGUGACGGGCGCAUGCAAUAAACGGGUGUUCCAGAGGGGCUUGUCCGCGCAGUGCCUCGGGUGCUACUGGCGCAUGCCCCCCGUUGACGAGGGGGGGCAGGAGCAGGAAAGUGAGCAGAGGGGGGAGAGUAAGGAGAAGGAUGAGAGGGAGGAGGGGGAGGAGAGGGAGGAUGGGGAGGAAAGGGAAGGAAACCCGAUGAGGGCAAGCGCUAGGGAACAAAGUGGUGCGUAUCAGCAAAGCGGGGGAGAUGGGGCCGGCGAGAGGCCAGGAGGAACUAAAGGGGGUGACCCGUCACCGGGAUGGGAGGAGGAGCAGCGCGACGUGUUUCAGGCGUUCAUGCAGGUAUCGCUGAUGGGGGGCAGCAUAGGGCUGCUCAGCACAGAGGGUCACGGCACCACCCUGCACGUCGCGCUGCCCAUGCCUGUUGCUGCUGCCACUGCUGCCGCAGCUGUGUGCGGUAGCUUCAGUUCCGGCAGCGCCAAUGUUUCGGGGCCGCAGGCGAUCUGUGCGGACGACGAAGCAGCUGCCUCAAGAGCAGUGGGGACGAAGAGUGCGAGGGAUGGUUUGAAGGAGUUGUUGCAGGGCAAGGCAAUUCUGCUGAUUCAUGCACGUCAAAGCAGGAGACACAGGCCGUCUCCCUCUCCGCCUUCAAUCUCCUCUGCUCUCACCCCCUCUCCACCCUGCUUGCACGUGGUGGACCACAGCUCCAUCCACCACGCCUCCGUUGUCAACCCCUCUCUCAAGCUCUCCCUCUCAAUCCUCCCCUGCACCAUGCACCAGGUGAUGGACCAUAACGCCAUCAACCGUCCCACCAUUUUCACCCUCUCACCACCCCCCCUCUACCCCCCUGUGCUACCAGGUGGUGGACGACAACUUGAUCAACCAUCGCACCGUUAUCACCCCUCACCACCCCCUCUACCCCCUUGUGGUGGCCAGGUGGUGGACGACAAUCUGAUCAACCAUUCUCAGCCCCUCUGCAUCCCUAUCUGUACCCUCUCUAUCCACCAGGUGGUGGCAGCGAGCACGCUGGCGCGGUACGGGGCGGAGGUGGCGCUGGCAGAGUCGGGCGAGGCGGCGCUGCGCCUGCUGCAGGCAACCCACUCCUUCCACCUCGUGCUCAUGGACCUCCUCAUGCCCGGCCUCGAUGGCUUCCAGACCACCGCCGGCCUGCGCGCUCUCGAGGUUGCUGCUCACAAUGCUCAGAGAGGGGUGCAAGGAGGGCAGGGGGCACAGGGGGAGCGGGGAGCACUGGCUGUGCACAAGGGGCAGGGGGCUCAAGACGUGCAGUGCAUGCCCAUGGUGGGGGAGAGUGGGGUGGGGGGUGCGUUUGGGGGCUGGCAGCGGCAGCAGCGCGUUCAUGUGGUGGCCAUGUCAGCAGAUGUGGACAGCACUGUUGCCGCCCAUGCAGCAGAGGUUGGCAUGGAUGGUGCCGUGCAAAAGCCACUCAAUGAGAGAGUGCUGCUGCAGGUGCUCUCAACACUUCAUGGUUUGUAA